GCAGCAGUAGCAGAAAGAUGGCCGCCGUCGGAUGACAACACGCGCCGCGCGCUGUCAAAAUAACAAAAUAGACACGAGCGAUCGGCCGAGUGGAAGCAGAAGAGUUUUUCCGAGGAGCCGCGAUGUCGCACGUCCAAUACGUCGACGAGCUCGUCAAGGAGUACCUGCUGUUCCGGGGCUUCGGACAGACGCUCAGAGCCUUCGACGGCGACCUCAAGGCUGAGAAGGAAAAAGGCUUCCGGGUUGAUAAAAUUGUUGAUCAAUUUAUGCAGUACAUACACACAUACGAUCUGAUUGCACUGCGUGAACUUUGGGGACACUUGGACACUAGAUUGUUCUCUCGUUUGGAAAAUCACUUUGUACCUGGCAUUCGAAAGUUGGAAAAUGCUGUUCUUAAAAUGUACCUUGUUAAUGCAGUCAUCAACAAUAAGCCUGAUAGAGUUCAAGAAUUUUUUACAAAAAUGACUCCAGAAUUACAGGGACAUUCCGAGUGGAGAGAAUGGUUUGCGCUUCCGUUUAUAAAAAAUCCUGAGGAGAAUCCUACGUUUUCGGUACAUUUUAGUCGACAAUGGCAAGAUACAAUGCUGGUUUCCUUACACAAUUUUUUAGCAACCAUCUUUCAAUGUAUGCCAGUGCCAACCCUUCUGAUGAUCGAUGAAGACACGAAUAAAAUUAGGCGAUUGCAAGAGGAAAAUGAGAGGCUAAGACAGAGACUUGGUGAAAUGGUGAAAAUCGACUCAAUCUUAGAUGUUAAUGCUGGACCAACUCCACAACAACCACCUUUAAUGGAUGAUUUUUAUAUAAUCGCUCAAGAAUCUCCAGUAGUAGACAACCCUAAGACUUUAAGAAAUCUCAUUAGAAAUAUAGGAGGUGGAUCAAGUCCAAUUUUGAGUAGAAAAUCCACCGGUAGCAUUAAGAAACAUUCUGAGACAGAUGCUAAUAUAACUAAAAGAGCUAAUACCAAAGGGAGAAUUACUUCUUUAAGUAAAUCAGAGGCUGUAGCAAAAAGGAGUACAAGCUGUGAUUCAAGACUGACUAGAAAAAGGGAUUCAUCCGUAGACACUGGCAGAGAAUCCAAAAUUAAGGAUAAAUUAGAUGGAAGCUACAUUCUUCUAAGCCAAGAGGAAUAUACUGAACACAAAACGUCCAUUAUACAGUGUAAGAGUAACGCCAGCGGGUCCUACGUCGCAACCGGAGACGCAGACGGCGUUAUAAAAAUUUGGACACCCAUUCCAUCCCCAAAGACUGUAGCUACAUUCACUUCCUCGACAGCGAACUCGAACAAAGCCGUCACUGCAUUGGACUGGAUAUCCAAGAACGAGCGAUACUUCAUCCACGGCGACAAUAACGGCGCGAUCCAGCUGCAUGACACACGCGACUGCAAGACCAUCUGGGAGAUUCAGCACGAAGGUUCGCGAAUCGUCAGCCUCGUCUGCAAUCCCACGGACUCGACGUUUGUCUGCUCGGUAUCGGACUCUGGCGAAGGCAAGCUGUUGCUCUACAAUAUCAAGACCAAAAAAGUUGAGCGAACCCUGCCUCUAGAGAAGAACCUCACUGCCCUCUGCUCUAGUUUCAACCACAAUGGGCAGCUUCUGGUCACUGGACUAUCGAACGGCAACGUACUGAUACACGAUUUGAGGAGGAACGAGAUCAUCGACAAUCUGAGCUGCCACUCGAGUCCUGUCAUCGACAUAGAGCUGACCAACGACUUUACAAACAUCUGUGCUUUGAGCGAGGAUGGAAAGCUGUGUCAAAGAAGUCUCAGCCAGACGGGUAAGGUCGUCUGGGAGACGAAAAUCAACAUCGAGAAGAACGCUGUACACGGGAAGCUUUUUACUUUUGACCAAAGCGGAACACACAUGCUGCUCUGCACACAGAGUGGAGGCAAUAUUUAUAAGAUGCCACCCAGCCCUCAAGCGAAAAUUUUGGAACUAGGUGGACACAAGGGGACACUCUGCUGCGAUUGGUCAACAGCCAAUCAGUCUGGCACUUGUAUAACGGGUGGAGCAGAGGGUAGAGCACGUGUUUCCACGUUACUUUCACCAUGAUACAGAAAUAAAAUUAACAUUUGUAUAAACUCGUGAUGUAAAAAUGAAAAAAUCAGGGGGGGGGGCAAAGGUCGAAGUUCUUGUAAAUAUAAUUGAGCGAUAAUGUGCAAAUAUGUCAUAUAGAAAAUAAAUAUUUAAUUUAAGUA